AUGGUGUACCUGGGUUGCCAGGACGACCAGGGAGAACUGGACCACCAGGUUCUCCCGGCCAGCGGGGACCUCAAGGCAUAUCAGGUGAAAUGGGUCCACCUGGACUCACUGGUCCAAAAGGACAGAGAGGAGAGAGAGGAGAGCCAGGAUAUGUCAUCGCUGGCACAGAUGCAAAUUUUGUUCCUGGAAGAAAAGGAGAGCCAGGAUCUUCAGGUCCCCAGGGGCCUCCUGGUGUACCAGGGGUCAAUGGAGCUCCCGGCCUACCUGGCCAACCAGGACCACCAGGGUCAUCAGGACUAUCUGUCAAGGGAGAUCCUGGGUUUACGUGGGAAGCCGGGUGUGAAAGGAGACAAAGGAGAGUCAGGAAUAGAUGGUAUUGCAGGUUUGCCUGGUCCCAUAGGCAUUGAUGGGGUGCCAGGAUUACCUGGUCAGAAAGGAGAGAAGGGUGCAGAAGGAAUCGGCAUACAGGGUAUUCAAGGUCCUCGUGGAGAGCCUGGACAGAAGGGAGAUAUGGGCUUAUCAGGACCAGUUGGCCCAAAGGGUGAUCGUGGAGAGCAAGGUGUCCAAGGAAUCAUCGGACCUCGGGGAAAGAAGGGAUUCAAAGGGGACCAAGGGGACAAGGGAGACCGAGGAGAGAUGGGACCAAUAGGACCACAAGGACCCACAGGACUGACGGGGCCACUGGGGUUAAAAGGAGAUGAAGGUCCAAGAGGAGCGCCUGGAGAUCCUGCAAAGGGUGUUAUAGGACCAACUGGGAAAAAGGGUGCUAGGGGAGACGUUGGUCCAGUCGGCCCUGUAGGCCCCCAGGGAGUAAAGGGUGAACAAGGAGACAAAGGAGCGAAGGGCAGUCCUGGUUUUGGGAUUCCAGGACAGCGGGGGGAAAAGGGAGAAAAUGGUGAGAGGGGAAAUGUUGGUUUGUCUGGAAAACCAGGACCAAAAGGAAAGGAUGGGUCCAAAGGUGACAAAGGGACUAUUGGGUUGUCCGGCAAUCCUGGAGAACCAGGAUUAAGAGGUAAAGAUGGUGCACCUGGAACUAAAGGAGACCUAGGACCUAAGGGUGACGUAGGCACACCUGGAGAGCCUGGUGACAGAGGAAUUCGGGGUCCACUGGGAUUACCAGGGCGACCAGGGGACCCAGGAGAGAAAGGAGAUACUGGGGCACGUGGUCCAUCUGGCACUGAUGGAAAGAAAGGCGAUAAAGGGGAGCAGGGAAAACCUGGACCUCCGGGAGGACAAAUUGUUGCAGACAACAACGUGCUGACCAGAGUGAUUAAGGGUGAACCAGGAGAACCUGGUCAACCUGGUUUAAGAGGAGAAACAGGUCUGCCUGGACCAAGAGGUCCAGAGGGGAAACCUGGAUUACCAGGAUCAUCUCUGGGUGGUUCUGGAUUGGAUGGUUUACCGGGGAGACCAGGAAUGAAGGGUGACCAGGGACAAAAAGGAGAGCCAGGUCUGAGGGGAGAGAAAGGAGACCAAGGACGCGUUGGGAUUGCUGGAAUGCCUGGUUUACCAGGAACUCCAGGGAGACCUGGCAUUGAUGGGAAGCGGGGCCUGCCAGGAAAAGAUGGAGAAAGAGCACCCAAAGGAGAAGACGGCAAAAAGGGGGAGAAGGGAGACGCCGGUGCAAAUGGUAAAGAUGGUAGCAAGGGGGAACCAGGACCUCCUGGUCGGCAGGUGCUUGUCACAUCAGAGGGCGCCAACCUUGACGACAUCCGAGAGGCGUUUCCCAUCCCGAUGGGUCCUCCAGGAGCUGCUGGUUCACCAGGAAUGAAGGGCGAUAAAGGAGAACGAGGCCUGAAAGGAGACAAGGGUGAUGCUGGAGCUUCUGGAAAGUCUGUUGAAAUGAAGGACAUUGAAGUGAUGUUUGAAGCCUAUGGCAUAAGGCUGCCUUUGCUGAAGGCUUUGAUUGACAGGCUGCUGCAGGAUGGAAUAGAGGAGCUGCUUCAGGUGCUCGGCACCUCCAGGAAAUCAAAGGAGAACGCAGACACUCACACCUCCAACGUCAUCACUGAGUACACAGGUUCAGUGAAGUUUGACCUCACCAGCCAGCCGCUAAAAGAGUUGGACACAAUUGAGGACCCUGAUGGACAGCUUUCAGAGUCUUUGACAGUUGAACCUUUAGAUGAAAUAGCAGAGGGUCCAACUUUAUGGACCAUCACCACAUCGAAUGGAGAGCAGGAGCUCGACAGGAUCGACACCAAGUUAAAAGGCUCCAGAGGGAAGGAGAUAGUAGAGGGGGGCAGCGACGGAGUAUCUUCACUCAAAAUUAAUCUGACUGUAGUCAAUUCUACUUUCAAUUAUACGACGACCCAGGAGACAGUUUCAGGGUUACCAGAAACUGCGGAGACUGUUCUGCUCACCCAGGAGGGCUCUCUAAAGAAGACCUCGGGACAAAAGAAGAAGAACAGGGAACGUGGGAAGUUGUGUCGUGCAUUUAAACGUACCACGCUGCCAGAAAAAACCUUGAAUGCGUGCUGCCCCCACAUCAACACCCACGCAGGAAUCCCCUGCUACCGCUGUGUCGGUCUGAUGGAGAGUCCUCCGAAACACUCUCUGCCUGAUCUCCCCUGUCGGCCCUCAUCUGGCUCCCAGCCUGACCCAUAA